GUGUUCAUAUCUCUGCUUCUCUGCAGGAAUGACAGUGGAAAAUUCCCAAGCAUGGGUCCAACCACCCCAGCCUGGAACAUUAACAACACAGCAGUGAAUGAAAGUUACAACCCUGAACAUUUCUCCUGUAUCAUUGAGUUCAAUACUCUGAGUAUUCUUACUGUCAUCAUUACCAUGGUUGGACUGACAGGAAAUGCCAUAGUGCUGUGGAUUCUAGCCUUCCACAUGAAUAGGAAUGCCUUCUCAACCUAUGUCCUCAACCUGGCUGGUGCUGAUUUCUUGUACCUUUGCACUCAGAUUUUGCGUUCCCUGGAGUGUGUCUUUCCGUUAAACAUAAGAAACUUCAAAUUUCUCUACAUUGUAUUAAUGUUUGCUUACCUUGCAGGUUUGUGUAUGAUUGCAGCCAUUGCUGCUGAGCGCUACCUAUCUGUUGUGUGGCCCAUCUGGUAUCACUGCCAAAGACCAAGACACACAUCAGCCAUCAUGUGUGCUCUGCUCUGGGCUCUCUGUAUAAUGUUGAGCCUCCUGUAUGGGGAAGGUUGUGGCUUCUUGCUCAGUCAAUAUAAUAUUUCUUUCUGCAUUACUUGUGAAUUAAUCAUUAUGGCACUUAUAAUAAUAUUAUCUGUGGUUCCAUCUGUGUCCAGCAUGGCCCUGUUGGUCAAGAUCAUCUGUGGAUCACACAGGAUUCAUGUGACCAGGUUCUAUGUGACCAUUGCUCUCACAGUGGUAGUCUUCUUAUUCUUUGGUCUGCCCUUUGGGAUCUACUGGUCUCUCGUGCCAUGGGUUACGCAUAAUGGAAUAAUUUUCUCUGAUAAGGUUAAGAAAGUGAUAAAAUGCCUGUCCUGUGUUAACAGCUGUGCCAAUCCCAUCAUUUACUUCCUCGUUGGCUCCAUUAGGCAAGGCAGGUUUCAACCACAGACUCUGAAGCUACUUCUGCAGAGAGCCAUGCAGGACACUCCUGAGAAAGAGAGUGGAAAGAGGGGUCCUUCACAAGACGGGGAAACUGGAAACAGUCCAGUGCAGUAG